CUCCCAAACUCUCUCUCUAAAUUGUCUCUCUUUAAAAAAUCUCUCCCUUUUUUUUUUUUUGCCCCUCUAUCUCGUUCAACUGAACUUGUCUGACAAAAGUACAAUAUGACUGGCAAAAAAAUCCUCCAAAAGAUGAAGGUGAAGGCUGGAUUUGGUUCCUCUGCUGCUGACACCGGAAAAGGCAAAAGCAAAGUGUCAAAGCAUCUCACGCAUGGCUUUCACAUGGUAAAGGGAAAAUCCAAGCACGCCAUGGAAGAUUAUGUAGUUUCUGCAUUCAAACAACAAAGUGAUACUGAGUUGGGAUUGUUUGCAAUAUUCGAUGGUCAUUUAGGCCAUGAUGUUGCUAAUUACUUGCAAAACCACCUGUUUGAAAACAUCUUGAAGGAGCCUGGCUUCUGGACUGACACAGAGAAUGCAAUUAAAAGAGCUUAUCACAAAACCGAUGAAGAGAUAUUGCACAAAAGUUUUUCCUUGGGAAAAGGAGGAUCAACUGCGGUAACCGCGAUUUUGAUAAAUGGACGGAAGCUUGUAGUAGCAAAUGUGGGAGAUUCUCGGGCUGUUAUAUGCAAGAAUGGUGUGGCCAAACAAUUAUCUGUUGAUCAUGAACCAAGCAGAGAAAAAUGGGUGAUUGAGAGCCGCGGCGGUUUUGUGUCAAACCUUCCAGGGGACGUCCCACGUGUUGAUGGACAGUUGGCUGUAGCAAGAGCAUUCGGUGAUAAGUGCUUGAAGAUACACCUAAGCUCGGAACCUGAUGUUUCGAUAUUGAUGAUCGAUGAAGACACUGAGUUCAUAAUUCUGGCGAGCGACGGGAUAUGGAAGGUUGUGUCGAAUCAAGAAGCGGUGGACGCGAUCAAACAAAUAAAGGAUGCUCAGACAGCGGCAAAGCACUUGAUUGCGGAGGCUCUUUCUAGGAAAAGCAAGGAUGACAUAUCCUGCAUAGUUGUAAAGUUUCAAUGAGUUAAGAAGUUAAUUGAGCUUACUUGCCCCCUUUUUUUUUUUUAUAAGCGGAAGACUAAGUAGCUCAACUGCGUGUAUAUGUGACAUAGAUUUGUUUUCUUUUGUUGGCUGUAAAUAUUGCUCAAAACUUGUACGCAA